GUCAUGUUGGUGGGAGAGCGCAGGAAUGGGAACCUCGUGGUCCAGUUGGGUCCCAAGCUGCAGGCUCAGCCCGAGGAGCUGCUGCGCCAGCGCCGGAGCCCGGAAGGACUCUCUGAAUACCUGAUCCGAUGGGCCGUUCAGAACCUGGAGGAGGGAGCGGGAACCAGCGGGGCCGCCUUGGUGACCGAGAACAAAACCCCCAAUAUCCUGAUGUGGAUGUCGGCGGAGGAGGUAUACGCCAACUGCCCCACUCUGUUGGGGAAGCGUAAGCCGGAGGGGUCCGGGGUACCGGAAGAGAAGGCGUCCGGGGCGCCGGAUGACGAGGCUCUGCGAGAAAUGAGAGAAGAUGUGAGGAUGCUGGUCCAGAGAGCGGCCAGACAGAUGUCCCAGAGCAGCGGCCCCGACGCCUCCAUCCUCAACACCAUCCAUGUGCUCAGUGCUUACGCCAGCAUAGGCUCCUUAGCCGGGGUGUUUAAGGAGACGGGGGCCCUGGACCUGCUGAUGAAGAUGCUCUGCAACCAGGAGAAACAGAUCCGCAAGAACGCCGGCAAGAUGCUCCGCGCCCUGGCCUCGCACGAUGCAGGAAGUCGCGCCCACGUCUUGCUGUCCCUCAGUCAGCAGGACGGGAUCGAGCAGCACAUGGAUUUUGAAUCGCGUUACACUUUGCUGCAGCUCUUUGCUGAGACCACGAGCUCCGAGGAGCACUGCAUCUCCUUCGAUGGGAUCCACCUUCCUCAGAUUCCCGGCAAGCAGCUCUUCUCUCUGGUGAAACGUUACUUGUGCGUCACGUCUCUUCUGGACCAGCUGAGCAGCGAGCGCCCGGAGCACGGCGAGAAGAGCCGCCUCCAGCGCCAGUUUGAUUUUAGUAUGGCGGUGGGCAGCUUGAUCUGUGAGCUGGUGCGGGUCAUGGGCUGGGUCAGCGACCACGCUGCCGACGGCGCCCUUCCCAGGGAGAAUCACCAGCCGCGGGUUCUCCGCUCAAUCUUCCAGCCGAAGGCCCCGGCCUGCGCCGGACUCCAAAUAGCCGUGACGGCUCAGCGGCGCCCCUCGCCUCCCAAGAGGAAGCCAGCGAAGGAGUUCAUGACGCUGUCUGACUUCCCGACCCGAAACGCCUACGUCGAUUACAUCCAGGAAGCCUUAAAGCCGGGUAUGACUGUGAGGAUGCUGGAGGAUUACGAAGAGGCCAUCACUGGAGAUGAAGGAGUCUUCCGACAGAGCAACAACGGGACGCCACCUGUUCAGGUGCUGUGGAGAUCCACGGGCCGCACCUACUGGGUACACUGGCACAUGCUGGAGAUUGUUAGCUCUGGAAGCAAGACGGAAGAAGACGGUCAGGAGAAGGCCUCAAGUCUUACCGAAAACCUGAAGCUUUCUCCAGUGGUCCAGUUGUUACACCCUAAACACUCUUGUGGCCUGUACGCGCUCCCCUACUUGGCCGGAAGUACUUAUGAGGAGUCGGGGGCUCUCAGACAAGAUGAAUGGUGGGAGCUUCUCUUCUUUAUCAGAAGACUGGAUGCCCCGGAGCAGCAGGAAGCUUAUGACAUCAUCAGACAGAGCCAGGAGGAAGAGCUGACGGGUCUGGAUGAGCCGGUUCUGAUGCAGAUCUCGGUGUCCGUGGACGUGGCCCGGAAGGUUCUGGCGUUCCUUGCGGACCGGUGCCACGGAUGUGCUCUGAGCGACCUGCAAAACUCACGCGUCUUCUCAAAGUACCUUCUCGGUGCGAAGGCCGGCGAGGCGCGAAGCCCGAACCCCGAGUCGUCCUUCCACGAGAACGCCGUACAGGGGGGAUUCCUGUCUAAGAAGCCAAAGAAAGAAGAAACCCAGAAAAUAGAGAAGAUAGGAGCCCACCCUAAUCCCGAACUGUCCGACCUUCAGCUCCUCAACAACCUGCUCUCCCUCGAGGGUCUGCAGCCCACAGAGCUUGCCAUCGAAAAGAGCAAAGGCUUCACCACCUUCAAGGGCCACUCGAGUGUCAUUACCCUGGAGAUGCUGCUGGAGAUGCUGGAGAAAGCAAAAAGGAGCGUCUGCGGAGCGGAAGCCCUCGGCUCCAUCAUCCAGGUCCUAGAGCAGCAGGCCGGAGAGGAGGCGCACGGGGUGAAAGCGGAGGGUCGCGCCAGAGAGAAGAUCGUGAAGAUGCUGGUGGAGUUCCUCACCAACCAUGUGAAGGAGAAGCAGCUGGUGGCCACCGGUCUGCAGCUGACUUAUGUCCUGAUGUCCAAAUACGACUGGCGGGUCCUGUUUGCCACAGAAGGUGGAGUGCGUGCCGUGCUGGGGUGCAUGCAGGAGCACCACUCGUCAGCCGCGAUACAACACGCCGGCCUGGCUGUCCUGAAGGUGCUGACCGGCGUGGGGAGCUGCGAGCUGCGGGGGAGCUCCCGCCGUUACGCGCUCAAUCCUUCCGACGUCCAGGUGAUCAAAGAGAUUUUCUCCAGCAUCGGCUCGGCUGCCAGCGGCGGCUCCACCAACCUCCUGAGGGCGAUUCCUGGGGCCAUCGGCAAGCUGCUGGCCACUCCGGAGUGUUUCUCCGCCGUGUAUAACUGGCUCCUGGUGGUCCGCAUGCUGAUUGAUAACCACACCGGUUUGGAGGAGCAGCUGUCCGGCUGUGCCUUACCCUCGGCCCUGCAGAGCUUCAUCGACGACUCCGGCAACUCCGUGCACGGCCGGCUGGACCUGUUCGCGCAGAAACAACUCGCCGAGCUCCUGAAGAGCGGGCAGGAGAAGACCGACCCCGACGGCACAGGUGACACUCGCACUCAGGAGGUGCAGGAGAUGGAUUUACCGGCCUUACUCUCCUCUCUGAAGGACUCUCGGGCGUGCAGAGAGCUUCUCCCGUCGCUGGAGCGCUGUCUAUGUAACGAUGUCUCGUCCAUGCGCUGCGAUGUCUCUCGGCUCCUCACCGACGGCGACUUCUUCCUGCUGCUGCUUUCCAGCCUGGAGCAGCUGAAGACGGACCGGCGGCUGCAGCUCUGUCUCUACCGGAUCCUGAACAAAGCUCUGGAUUUUUACCAAGAGGACGGUCUCCCCUGGCACCGGAGCAUCGAGCCCUCGCUCAACUCUCUGGGGAGCAACUGCGCCGACCAAGAGCUCCUCCAAGAGAUCGUCUCCUUCCUUCACCGCUUGGCCUCCACCAACAAGGACUUCGCCGUCGUCAUGUGCCGUCUCUGCGCCAAGGAGACCCUCGGCAAAGUGCUGGAGAAGCAGAACUCGGGCCUCCUGCAGGCGUCGGAGCUGCGAGAGCUGCUGGCCGACUGCGAGAAAUACGCCAGCCUCUACCAGAAGAUGGCCACGAGCAUCCUCGCCGGGUGCAUCCAGAUGGUUCUGGGGCAGAUAGAGGAGCACCGACGCAGCCGGCAGCAGAUUAACAUCCCGUUCUUCGAUGUGUUUCUGCGGAACCUCUGCCAAGGCUCCAGCGUGGAACUGAAGGAAGACAAAUGCUGGGAGAAAAUCGAGGUGUCGUCCAACCCGUACCGGGCCGGCAAACUGACGGACGGGAACCCCAAAUCCUACUGGGAGUCCAGCGGAAGUACCGGCUCCCAUUACAUCAACAUCUACAUGCACCGGGGGGUAGUUAUCAGGCAGCUGUUUGUCAUCGUGGCCAGUGAGGACACCAGUUACAUGCCGGCUCGGAUAGUCGUGACGGGAGGGGAGAAUCCGUCCGGCAUUAACACGGAGCUCAAUGCGGUGAACAUCCCCAGCACGGCCGGCCGAGUCCUGCUCCUGGAGAACCUCAGCCGCUUCUGGCCCAUCGUUCAGAUCCGGAUCAAGCGCUGCCAGCAGGGCGGUAUCGACACGCGCGUGCGCGGCCUGGAGAUCCUGGGGCCGAAGCCCACGUUCUGGCCGGUGUUUAAGGAGCAGCUCUGCCGGAGGACGUUCCUCUUCUACACGAGCCGCGCUCACAGCUGGGGCCAGGAGAUCCGCGACAAACGCGACUCUUUACUGCAGCUCUUCAGCAGGUUGAAUCGGGCCCUGGCGCACGAGCAGGAGUUCGCUGAACGUUUCUUGCCGGAUGAGGAGGCGGCUCAGGCUCUGGGACGCACCUGCUGGGAAGCACUAAUUGCCCCGUUAGUGCAGAGCAUAACUACCCCAGACGCGGGCGGAUUGAGUCCCCUCGGAUGGCUCCUCACCCGGUACCUGGAGAACGGGCGCCUUUCCUGCCGUCCGAAGAGCCGUGUGUCUGUGUUUAACUCGCGCGUGCGCAGACUGACGCAUCUGCUGGUCCACGUGGACACCGUCCUCCCCGAAACCGAUGCCCUGAAGCCCCUGAGCAAAGCCAAUGUGAAGCGUCGGGACUCGGUUUCAGCGAAGGACCCCGGCCCCGGCGUCAGCAGUCUGGCGGGAAUCGCUCAGUGCUGGCAGGGAGUGGUGCAGAAGCAGGUGCACCGGUUUCUGGAGGCGUCGUGGAGCGACGAGGAUCUCGUUCCCCGUUUCUGCUCCGUGUACCGGGGUCUCGGGGAGGCCAUGGAGGAGCUCUUCGGGCAGCAGACUCAGUUCCUCUUCGCUCUGCGCCAAGGAUUCUGCGAGGGGCUCCUGCAGCUCAGCUUCCUGACCGCGCUGCAUGUGACGGAGCAGUUUGCCCGGUACAUCGAUCGCAGGAUACUGGAGAUCCGCUCUGACUCCUCGGACUCGCGGCCGGCGAAGCAGCUGCAGCGGUUCCUGGAGUUUGUUCUCUUUCUGUCGGAUUUGGAGCUCGCAAACUCGUUUGAGCAUUUCUACAGGCACUACCUGGCCGACCGGCUGCUCUCUCUCGGCCCCUGCUGGCUGGAGGACUCGGUGGUCGAACACAUCGGGAUCUGCUUCCCGAACCGAUUCCCGCAGCAGAUGCUGAAAAACCUGCAGGAGGCGAAGGAUCUGCAGAGAGACCAACAUCUGUACAGCCUGCAGGAGCUCGACAUCGGCCUCCUGUCCGAGGAAGAGGAGGAUGAGGUUAUGGAGGAGCCGUCUGGAAGCGGGGAGGACGAGGAGGAUGCGCCCGUGCAGAUCUCCGUCCUGUCUCCGCGCUGCUGGGCCGUGUCCUCCCUCUGCUACAUGGACGACCCGAGCAGACAUUUCCCAGAAUCCCUCGGUGCUUCCCUGCAGCGAUUCACCGACUUCUACACAAAAAGUCAGUCUCUUCCGGGCUCCGACGUUUCUCCGUGGCGCCGGCUGCAGUGGACGUGGCUGGGAAAUGCCGAGCUGCAGUAUGGCGACCGGACCCUCCGCGUGUCCACCCUGCAGAUGUUCAUCUUGCUUCUGUUUAACCAGCGGGAGGAAGUUUCUGAGGAGUCGAUUCUUCAGUCCACGGAUCUCUCCCCAGCUCUCCUGAGCCACGCGCUGACGCCGCUGACUGCCAGAGGCAGCAUCCUGACCCGCAACGAGGCAGGGCGUUUGUGUUUGAAUGACGAGGGGCAGAUAGAGGGCCGCCCCGGAAAGGCGUUCCAGCUGCUGCCCCAGCAGGUCUAUCUGAACGUUGAAGAGGACGAAGGACGCUCGAUGGAGAAGAAGAGAAAUAUCAUCUUCUGCCUCAUCACCCAAAUCAUGAAGGAGGAGAAGGAGCUUCACAUCGACAACUUGGUGUUCCGGGUAAUCGAUGCUUGUCAGAUACUGGAGCCGAGGAAAAGCCUCCGCUUCCUGAACUUCGGCUGCAGCACCACGGACGUCCUGUCCUGCAUCAUGCAUCUCAUCAGCCAGGGUUACGUGCGGCGCAGCGAGGAUCGGCCCCACGUGCUGGAGUAUCUCUCCAAGGUCCCCUCCACUCCCCACAAGAGCAAAGCCCACAUCAGCUUCCAUGGCUCCAGCCACAAGAAGCGGGACGCGGGGGCCAAGGUGUCCCCCAGCAGCUCAGAAGAAGGCACGGAGCAGGGGCUUCUGGAGAUGGUUCUGCUCCCCAUGGGCCGCACCUUGAGCCAGGAAGAGGUGUGGACCCUGAUGUCCCAGAUGGUCAACCAAGUGUCUGAAACCGUGAGUGUGAGCCCAGACGUGGCCCAGCACCUUCUCAUCCAUUGCAAGUGGAACGUGGACCUUCUGAUUCAGAGAUACACGGAGGAAGCGGAGUCUUUGCUCAUUGCCUCGGGGUUACAAGUGCCGGAGUCCCAGCCCCCCGAGACCUCCCAGCCCACCUGCCCUGUGUGCAUGAGCCCCCUGACCCCGGACGACAGCCCUCCAACCCUGUCCUGCCGCCACUUCUGCUGUAAGAACUGCUGGAAGGAGUAUCUGAGCACCCGGAUCGAGCAGAACCUGGUGCUGAACUGCACCUGUCCCACCACCGACUGCCUGGCGCAGCCCACCACGGACUUCAUCCGCAACAUCAUAUCCUCCGCGGAGGUCAUGGACAAGUACGAGAAGUCUCUGCUCCGAGGAUUCGUGGAAAGCUGCUCCAACCUGACGUGGUGCACCAACCCGCAGGGCUGCGACCGCGUGCUGUGUAAGGAGGGCCUGGGGAGCGGGGCUGCCUGCGCCAAAUGCUCCUGGCUUUCCUGCUUCGACUGCAGCUUCCCGGAGGCUCAUUACCCGGCCAGCUGCAGCCACGUGUCCCAGUGGAUGGACGAUGGAGGUUUCUACGAAGGGAUGACGGCCGAGGCUCAGAGCAAACACCUCACCAAACUCAUAUCCAAGCACUGCCCGAGCUGCCGGGCCCCGAUCGAGAAGAACGAGGGCUGUCUGCACAUGACGUGUGCCAAAUGUAACCACGGAUUCUGCUGGCGAUGCCUCAAACCCUGGAAACCAACCCACAAAGACUACUACAACUGCUCUGCCAUGGUCAGUAAAGCAGCGCGUCAGGAGAAGAGGUUCCAGGAUUAUAAUGAUAAAUGUACAUUCCAGCACCACGCCAAGGACUUUGCGGUGUCUCUACGCAAUCGCUUGUGUGUCCUCGAUGAGGAGGUCCCGCUGCGCUCGCUCACCCUCCUGGUCACAGCCUGCCGGGUGCUGGAGCUGAGCCGCAAGGUUCUGGCGUAUUCCUGCGUGUACAGUUACUACAAUCAGGACUCUGAGCGGCUCGACGUUCUGGAGUCGCAGACGGAGAACCUCGAGCUUCACGUCAGCGCGUUGCAGAUUCUGCUGGAGAACAGUCUCUUGGAGAGCGAGGACCUGGCGUCCGGCGCGCGGCUCUUCGCCGGCAGGAAGUACAGCAGCGGCCUGGAGCUGGUGAGAAGAGUCCAGGAGAGACUCCAAGGGAUCCUGCAGCACUCCACUCAGGAUUUCCGCAUCGGGUUCCUCUCGCAGCCGGAGCUGAAAGAAAUGAAGCUGUCCAAUGUGCCCUCUGGAGGGGCCGCCUUAGACGCUGCGGACGGCGCCUCGGAUUCGGGAGACACAGCCGGGGAGCAGGAAGAUGAUGAUGAUGAUGACGAUGAGUACGUCCCUCAGUGGCACGAGGAGUUCGAUGAGGAUCUCGACGAAGACGACUUUUCCUACGAUGAAGACGACGAAUCGGAAAACCUCGAACCCGAUUCAUUUAUCUUCGACGACGAUGAUGCCUACGAGUGACCCCGGCCAGGUCUCCGGCCCCUGCGGGGGGCUCAUCGGCUUACGUCACUCCACGUCCUCCUUCCUUCAAAUAAUUCCGAGCCUCUCCUCAAACUUCCUGCACAUUCUUGCACCCCUCGGGGGGCAAUUAAACUGCUGCUUUUCACAGUAA